GGCGGCAGGCGGGACGUACGCGGUGUUCACCGUGAAGGUGCAGAGCCGAGGGGAGUACUCCUCGAUCAAGAAGCGGUUCUCCGACUUCGAGAAGCUGCACGCCGAGCUGCUGCGGUCGUUUCCCUCGUCACUGAAUUUCGACCUGCCCGAGAAGGGCAUGGUGCGGAAUUUCAGCAACGAGGCGCUGGCGGACAGGGCGAGGGCCCUGAACGCCUACCUCAGAGCGCUCUGUGGCCACAGGGAAGCGUCGCAGCACCCAGCGGCCCUCGCCUUCUUCGGCCUCGACGGAGGUGCGGGCCGCAGAGGCGGAGGCGCCUCCUACGUGCACGGCCCCUCGGCCGCCGCGGCCCCCGAGCCCGUGCCGAACCGCGCCGGCGGGGCCAUCAACGGGCGUGCCACGGGGCCGAUCGUCAGCGGGCGACGGCCAGACGAUGAGGACGACCUGGCCGGCUGGGACACGCCCAGCCUGUGACCUUCGCGCGAGCCAGUCCGUAGGCAAGGUGUGUGUGUGUGUAUGCAUGUGUGUGUGUGUGUGUUCUGUGCGCUGUGCACGCCCUCCUCCUCCUCCUCCUCCUCCUCACAACACUGGGUGUCGUGCCCUCCAUCUGCCCUUGCCGCGCUUCUUCUGUCUCUGCACACCCUGCCUCCUGCCGUAGGUUUGUGUUGCGCCGACGCGGCAGCGACCCCGCCGCGGGCACUCGAGAUCUGACCCUGCCAGUGGCCAAGAAUCGGCCAGUGUGGAAGGAUCUUGCGAUCUCGUCGCGUCACGAACCCGUCGCCGCAUCUGCAUGGGGAGGGGGGACGUUGCUCACAGGACUCCGACUGGUGCUAGACGGUGCCAGACAGACAACGCGAUGAACGCAGAGCGUUCGCUGCGGAGGAGAA